AACAAUGAUCCACACGAAGAAGAUUCUUCUCAUAAUUGGUAUUUUUUACUUUAAUCAAGCGGUAACUAAAGUGUUUGAAAGAUGUGAAUUAGCACGUGAAUUAGUCGAUCUACACGAAAUACCAAUAAACCAAGUAGCUACGUGGAUUUGCAUCGUCGAACAUGAGUCUAAUUACAACACUUCAGCUGUAAAUAAAGCGAGCGGGGAUCACGGUUUAUUUCAAAUUAGCCAUUUGUAUUGGUGUUCGCCUCCAGGAAAUGGGUUUGCUUGUGGUCUUCCUUGUUCCUCCUUUGAAGAUGAAGAUAUUGAAGAUGAUGUCGUUUGCGCCCGAAGAAUUUUUCGAGCUCAUCAACGAAUGACUGGGAAUGGGUUUUCAGCAUGGGUUGCUUAUAAUCAUCAUUGCCGAUGGGAUGUUAAUAAAUAUAUUAAGGGGUGUUUUGAGAAGUUACGUAUUACAACGGAAAAAGAUGAUAAUGAAACUAUAAAAGAAGAAAUAAAUGAGGUCGAAACUACAACAAUUUAUUUGAAAGUGGCUGAAACUACAGAUGUUCUAAAAGUAGAUAAAUUAAAAAUAAUGGAGGAACAUAAUGGACCGAUUCUACCUUCGACGUACCCAGUGUUCUACGUAAAACCAAUCAUGAUAUCGCUUAAAUAUGUUAUGUUCAUAAUUUCUUCGAUAACUAUAACGACAGGAAAGAUUUACGAUCAUUGUGAAUUGGCUAAUGAGUUACUUAAUAAAUACAAUUUUCCCCAAGAUCAGAUAGCAACAUGGGUUUGUAUUGCUUUCAAAGAAUCCAGUUACAACACCGCAGAAGUAUCUGAAGAUGGUCAUGAUUUCGGUCUAUUUCAAAUAGACAAUCAGUACUGGUGUUCACCUCCCGGAACAGGAUGCGGUGUAUCUUGUGAUCAACUGUUGGACGACGACAUCUCAGAUGAUGUUAAAUGCGUCAAAACUAUCUUUGAUGUCACCCAACAAGAAACUGGAAAUGGAUUUUCGGCAUGGGCCACUUAUCCGAUGUGUCAAGAUAACGUUAAUAGUUAUAUUGACGGUUGUUUUCGAAAGAAGCAUCAGAAAAGUGUAAAAUCGCCCAAAAUGGGUGUGGGUAAAAUUGUGUUCCACCUAAAACCAAUCAUGACAUCGUUUAAAUACGUUAUAUUCAUAAUUUCCAUGAUAACUAUAACAACAGCAAAGAUUUACGAUCGUUGUGACUUAGCUAGAGACUUACUUUACAAAUAUAAUUUUCCCAAAGGACAAAUAGCGACAUGGGUUUGUAUUGCUUACCGAGAGUCCACUUACAACACUGCAGCAAAAUCUUCAAAUGGUCGUUAUUUCGGUCUGUUUCAAAUAUAUAAUAAGUACUGGUGUUCACCUCCCGGAACAGGAUGCGGGGUGUCUUGCGAUCAAAUGUUAAAUGACGACAUAUCAGAUGAUGUUAAAUGCGUCAGAACUAUCUUUGAUGUCACCCAAAAAGAACAGGGAAAUGGAUUUUUGGCUUGGAGCACUUAUUCAAACUGUAAAAAUAAUGUUAAUCGUUACACGGACGGAUGCUUUUAAAAGAAGCAUCAGGUGAGUGUAAAAUCGUAAAAACGGGGUAUGAAUAAAAUUCAUUAAAAUGAUUACCAUAUCACAUAUAAACUAAGUUUAAUGUUGUAACAUUGUUAAAUAUAGUUGUUUAGUUUUAAGUUUUCAAUUGAGAUUACAUUUAUUUGUGCGCCUAUGAAUCAGCUGUUGACAUAAUUUUCGGGGACAAAAUUAGUUAUGUUUAAGUCUUUCAACCCCGUUUUGCUUCAUACUAAUUGUCCGUUGAUUUUUUUUUUGUAAUUGGCACUUAACAUUUUAAAAAUAUAUGUUUAAGAAAUA